UGGUCCCAUCCGGACAGCAAGAGUCCUGCCUGCACCACAGACAUCCCACCAUACUGCUGUGUGGAUCUUUACUCGCUUCGGACUGGUGAAAUGGUCAAAUCCAUCCAGUUCAAAACCCCCAUCUACGAGCUGCAUUGUAACAAAAGGGUCUUGGUAGUUGUGUUACAGGAGAAGAUUGCCACCUUUGAUAGCUGCACUUUCACGAAGAAGUUCUUUGUCACAAGUUGUUUUCCAUGCCCUGGGCCAAAUCCUAAUCCCAUAGCACUGGGAAGCCGUUGGCUUGCAUAUGCUGAGAACAAGCUCAUUCACUGUCAUCGAUCCCGUGGAGGGGCCUGUGGAGAUAACAUCCAGUCUUAUACUGCCACAGUCAUCAGUGCUGCCAAAACACUCAAGACUGGUCUCACCAUGUUUGGGGAAGCAGUUGGUCGGCUGGCUGGCAGCUUACCCUCGGGGGCAAUUGAAGAUGAGGUUUCCACACACAGCAGCACUCGACGUAGCCCGUACAUCCCCGGAGUUGUCACGAUCAUCGACACUGAGACAGUUGGGGAAGGACAGGUGCUUGUCAGUGAGGAUGCGGAGGGUAAAGGCAUAGUGGCUCAUUUCCUGGCUCAUGAUAAUAAACCUAUUUCCUGCAUGGCUUUCAACCCCAGUGGAAUGUUGCUGGUCACCACUGACACACAAGGUCACGACUUUCAUGUAUUUCGAAUCCUGACGCACCCGUGCUCAUCCUCUCAGAGUGCUGUUCAUCAUUUGUAUACUCUACAUCGUGGAGAAACAGAGGCUAAGGUGCAAGACAUUUGUUUUAGCCAGGACUGCCGUUGGGUGGUGAUCAGUACAUUGAGGGGGACCUCUCAUGUAUUUCCAGUAAAUCCAUAUGGUGGGCAGCCCUCUGUGCGAACACAUAUGUCUCCUCGUGUGGUGAAUCGCAUGAGUCGAUUUCAGAAGAGCGCUGGUCUGGAAGACAUUGAACAAGAGCUUUCAACCAAACAAGGUGGACGCUGCAGUCCAGUGCCUGGUCUUUCAAGCAGUCCCUCUGGGUCACCGCUUCACAGCAAACUGAGCAGCCAGGAGAGUUACAACAAUUUCACAAACAACAAUCUCGGAAAUCCGCGGCUCUCACCCAUCCCAAUCUUGACGAUUGUGCUGCCCCUAGCACAGAUCAAACAGCCCAUGACUCUGGGAACCAUCACAAAGCGCACAGGACCUUACCUGUUUGGGGCAGGAUGUUUUUCCCUAAAAGCUCCAUGUAAGAGCAAGUCUAGGUCUGUCCCACAGAUUUCCCCAAGCAAAGCUGUGGGUGGAGAGUUUUGCGUUGCUGCCACAUUUUCUUCAUCGCGAUCCUGGUUAACAACCAAUACUGGCCUGAAGCGGGAGAAAGAUCAAUCAAAGCAGUCAGUGGUGGAUUCCCUGUUCAUAAUUAGCUGCUAUGGCAACCUGGUGGAGCACACAAUUGAACCACGGCCGAUCACCACUGUGCAAAAGAUCAGCGACGACACGCAACUGGAGCUGCUGACAUCUCCUCGGGCGAGCUGGUCUCUGGCCAGGACUCCACUGUGGAAUGAACUUCAGCCGCCCUUCAAUGCAAACCAUCCUUUGCUUCUCAGUGCUGAUGCAGUCCAACAUUAUCAGAACCAGCUGGCUGCUAUGGUUUCGCCUGGCAGUCCCGCAGCUACCUUUGCACGGCAUGAAUCCUGUGACAGUCUUGGGUCGGACCACAGUGGUCAAGAAGAUGAGGAAUGGUUAUCACAGGUUGAGAUUGUGACACAUACAGGACCCCACAGGCGUUUGUGGAUGGGGCCACAAUUUCAGUUUAAGACAAUCCAUCCUUCAGGACAAACAACAGUGAUUUCUUCCAGUUCCUCAGUGCUUCAGUCACAUGGACCGAGUGACACACCACAGCCACUUAUGGACUUUGAUACUGAUGAUCUAGAACUCAAUAGUCUGAGAAUCCAGCCAGUCCGCUCAGAACCUGUUAGCAUGCCCGGAUCAUCAAGGGUAAUUGCUGACCGGAGAACUCUUUCAACGGUGAUUGACGCUGGUUCAGGAAACCUGAACGGAAACCUCUGGAGACUUUGCGCCCCACCUAAGGUUUCCGUGCUGUUCCCGGAGGUUGCAGGUGGUUGCUGGAGGUUGCAGGUUGUGGAAACAGGGACGUUUGAUCGUAGCGUGACACUACUGGAAGUAUGUGGCAGUUGGCCAGAGAGCUUUGGAGUGCGACAAACGUCAUCUAUCGAAAACACAGACGAAGGUCUUCGUGAGCGUCUGGCAGACGCCAUGUCUGAAUCACCCUGCAGGGACAUUGUGGGCUCUGGAACAGAGCUUCAACGAGAGGGGAGCAUCGAGACUCUGAGCAACAGCUCGGGCUCCACCAGCGGAAGCAUCCCACGCAACUUUGAAGGCUACCGCUCACCACUGCCCACCAACGAGAACCAGCCACUCAGCCUCUUCCCCUCGAGCUUCAACUAAACCACAUUGCUUCUCCCGCUCCAUACCCAUCUCCUUCAGCCACCUUCCUCCUCUCCCUGGCUCCUUUGUAUUCUCUCACUCCCAUAAAUCCCUCCAUUUAUCCCUCCCCAGAACCUUUUUUCCUCCUCAACCUGAUCUUUUCCAAACUUCCCCUCUCUUUUAUCAAGGUCCUGCGCACUAAUCGAUUGGAGCCAAAGCUAACCAGGUCAACAAGGUGGACAUUUGGGAACCUAUCUUGCUGCAUCCAGUAACUGCCGCAGAAAUACACCAUCAUCUAAAUGGUGGGCGCUGUCACAGCUUAGUUCACAGUUUGCAGCAUAUUGUGAAGUGUGAAAAAGUGUCUGUAGUCUUUCCUAACCUCUACAUCUUACUGAAUUCUCAUUUACAGAUACUGACAAAAGGAAGAGCUAAGGUGCUAAAUCAAGGACUUAAAAACAUCAUUUCAUGUUAUGUCCAUUUUUUUUCAUAUUUGCCACACUUUAUUUCUGGGGUGAGAAUACUCACUGUUGCCUGACUACAAAUGUUAAAAUGAUGCCCUUUAGGUUUCAUUAAGAACCUGUUGUUACCUAAAGAUUUCCCACUCCUAUGAUGAUUUCUAUGACUGGUUUGCUUACAUUAAAACACACAGGAAUAA